AGUAAAGAGAAAGAAGGAAGAGGACCAAGGCGAAGGAGGGAGAGGGACGAAGGAGAGGAGGGUUUGGCUAGCUUGAAGGUCGGUAUAUAAGAUGGGAACAGCUCGCGGCCGCUUCACUUCACUCAGGACGUUCUUCAGAGCAGGCAUGAGGCUUCCGCUGCUAUUAGUGGCCCUGGGGUGGUGCGCUGUAGUGGCUGCACAAGACCCAGAAGCUGACUAUGAGUAUUUUGACUUUGGAGUGGAGGAUCCUGCCGCCCCAGCUGAUGCUGAGGCACCUGUUGAGGCAGAGGCUGCCCCUGUGGACCAAGAAGAGUUGGUUGAGCCUGACCCUGUGACCGAGCCGACAAUUGAAAAAACCACAACUGCUGAAGAUGCUGCAAAGGGCCGUAGGAAACUAGUGUCUGUUGUCAGGCCUGGGGCCAUCGACCGCAGGAGGCGUCCAUCACUUGCUGACAGGAAGUCAUCUGCUGCUACUACUGACACUGCCACCACUACCACAGAGGACCCCAGCGCCAGCCAGCGAGGAGGCUCUAGCCGCUUCCGCCGUCCAUCCCGGCGCCAACAAACCCAAACUGAAGGAACCACCACCACCGAGGCAGCACCUACCAGAGCAGCAGCCUCACGCGGCCGCUUCCGUUCCUCAUCGCUGUCUCGCCCCACAAGUUCACCAAACAGCUCACCCUCAUCAAGCUCCUCAUCCUCCUCAUCUGGCUUCACACCUCGCCGCACUUUUAGCCGCCCAUCCUCGUCAUCAUCCGCCACAACUGAAGCCCCACAAGAUACCACCCACAGGUUCAGCCCCAGACGUCGCUUCAGGCCUCAGUCAUCCUCCACCGCUAAUGCUGAAGAGCCAGAGGAGGAAGUCGAACCUCAGUCUACCCCUAGCAGGCCAGGCAAUCAGAAGCUGCCCCGUCGAAGGCUGAGAGGCCGACCACUGAGAGCCCAGCGUGCCCGCAUUCAGUUUGGAGGCAGGAAGACUUCCAACCGUGGUCCCAGUACUACUACUACUACAACAACUACCACUACUACUACCACUCCCACCACCUCCACUACAACUACUCCACCUACUACUACCACUACAACUCCUCCCCCUACUACUAAUACCACUACAACUCCUCCCCCUACUACUAAUACCACUACAACUCCUCCCCCUACUACUACUACUACUACUAUAAUUCCUCCCCCUACUACUACUACUACUACUGCUACUACUACCACGACAUCCACUACAACCCCUGCCCCUACUACUACCACUACGGCUCCUCCUCCCCCGCCCACUACCACUGACCCCCCAACAACUACCACUACUUCUACACUUCCUCCCACUACUACUUCCACUACUACUACCACUACUACUACAACACCAACAACCACGACCCCUAAAGCUACUGAAGCUCCCACAACUGCACCAACAUCAGCCAUAGAGUACACACCGACACUCGAGGCCAAGACUGCCACACCGCCCCGUCCCUCCCCAGUUCCCCGGCUUGUUGAGGAUGUGACCACAGUACCGAGGACACAAAGACGCAGGACCACCACGCCUCUCCCAGCCCCCAUCUUCAGGCCUCUGGUUGUGAGGAAGACCACCACUUCACCACCGGAAACACUACCUACAACCACCACCACUGCCACCACCACUACGUCAUCCAGAAGAGGAUCCUCCAGGUAUGCUCCUCCACCGGAUCCAUCCCACCCUAUCAUUGAGGAAGACGUGGCUCUGCAGUUCAAAUUUUCUGCCCCACUCUCAGUCUCCGUCCAGGCAGGCGCCCGGAUCACCCCAGACAGUGACAACGAAGUGAAUGGACAAUUUGUGACUGAGGCUCUUCAUCAAUCGGUGACCAGAAGACCAGCAACCGAGGCGCCAGUAAUAACCACCACCCAAAGUAGCAAGUACCGGCAGUCUAACUAUGGCCAGACAGACAUCCGCUAUGCUGGCGGUGAAGUGGUGAUCACUGAAAUUGGAACGAUAGAAGACACUCCCCAAAAUGAGGUUCUUCGCAUUUUGGGAGGCCUUGGUAGCCGUAGGAGAGGUCUUGGGCGACCACAAAAGCCUGUACAAAAGCAGUCAGCAUCUCCUAAAACUCCUCCACCAGUAGUGAAGAAAGUUAUCCCUGAGGUACCUGUGCAAGAUGACUAUGAUGACUAUUACUAUGAUUAUUAGUAUAGACCACUUAUUAGACUGACAGCCCUAUGGAAUGUCAAUAUAUAUUCUGUAAACAUACCUCAAUGUUGCUUUUGUUUUACAGGACCACAGGGGAAGACAUUUUUAUAUUCUAACAUAUAUUUUGAAUCACCAGUAUCAGUAAUUCUCUGAGCUGUAAUUCAACACUGCUAACACAGCAAAAAUAAUUGUCUGAUUAAGGAAUUUGAAAUAAAGAUCAGAAAGAAAUAAAAGAUUAAAGCAGAAAAGAAAUCAUCAUAAAGUUGCCACUGUUUCUGAAAGAAAGGCUAGUUUUCUUCAGAUAAUUAUGACUGCUUAAUCCUUUAACUCAAUAGUAGCUUGGCUGUACAUAGAACAUAUGCAUAAUGGUUCAAUGCACUGGGUGUGACACACUCACUGAAAUAAACUUGCCUCUCCAAAAAGAAUCAUUAAGGCACAAGUAACUUAUUUCUUGGUCAUGUUAAUUAAAUUUCAGCACCUGAGAGCAAACCCUUCUCCCUGCUCCUGUAUAACUGUUGAUAUUAGUGCCAAUUAGUACUGUUGAUAGUAGUACCAGAAUAAUACAAGUCUUGCCAAAAGUUGGGCAUUUUUGUAAUCAGGAUCUACCAUGUAAUGUGUCUGCUCAAUCAUGAAAAUACAAAGGUAUAGCAUGUGUGGUGAGGAACCAGGAACCCUUAGCGGCAUGAGCUGUGUAUCAUUGCCUGGGCAGGGACCUCUAGGUGUGCUAUAGUUAUAACAAAUGACUCCCAUGCCUUCAGGUCAUGUAGUGCUAUCAACACUUCUCACUAGGAUAAGUCUGCAUGAUACAGCAUGUGAGAAUACAUAUGAAAAAUUUUGACCAUGUAUUUCAAAGGCAAUUUAUCUGCUUGAAUAUAAGAUGACCUGCUUUUCUUGUGUACUCUCCUGAUGGGGAGGUAGUAGAGAAGCCCCAGUCAUUUGAUCUUAAGGCUUGCACUCUUUGAAUGCAGAACCUAACAAUGACCAUGUUCCUUUCUGGAUAAUUUAUAUUGUAUAUAAAUUAGUGUUAUUUAAAUGCCAAAUGGUAUGUAGAGAUACUAAGUUUUUCUUUUUUAUGUACAUGUAAGUUGUCCUGUCUGUCAUGUAAUGUGUUGUGAUAAUGAGUGGCAUUGUCCUAAUUACAGAGUUUUCUCCAU